AUGGGCAAGGCUGCAAAAAAGAAGUACUCUGGAGCAACAUCAUCGAAGCAAGUCUCUGCAGAAAAGCAUUUGAGUUCAGUAUUUAAAUUCAACACAGAUCUGGGUCAGCAUAUUUUGAAAAACCCUUUAGUGGCACAAGGUAUUGUUGAUAAGGCACAGAUUAGACCCUCAGACGUUGUUUUGGAGGUUGGUCCUGGUACAGGUAACCUAACGGUAAGAAUCCUCGAACAAGCGAAAAACGUAGUGGCAGUAGAAAUGGAUCCCAGGAUGGCGGCAGAAUUAACGAAGAGGGUGCGUGGCACACCUGUGGAGAAGAAGCUGGAAAUUAUGCUUGGAGAUUUUAUGAAGACUGAAUUACCAUACUUUGAUAUCUGCAUUAGUAACACACCUUAUCAGAUCUCAUCACCUUUGGUUUUCAAAUUAAUUAACCAACCAAGACCACCAAGAGUAUCCAUUCUCAUGUUUCAAAGAGAGUUUGCUUUAAGAUUAUUGGCAAGACCGGGCGACUCACUAUAUUGUAGGUUAUCCGCCAAUGUACAAAUGUGGGCUAAUGUCACACAUAUCAUGAAAGUUGGGAAGAACAACUUCAGACCGCCACCACAAGUGGAAUCCAGCGUUGUUAGACUAGAGAUCAAAAAUCCAAGACCGCAAGUGGAUUAUAACGAAUGGGAUGGUUUAUUGAGAAUCGUAUUUGUAAGGAAAAACAGAACGAUUUCAGCUGGCUUCAAAUCGACCACCGUGAUGGACAUUCUGGAGAAAAAUUAUAAGACAUUCUUAGCAAUGAACAAUGAAAUGGUGGAUGAUACAAAGGGCUCUAUGCACGAUGUAGUCAAGGAGAAGAUUGACACCGUGCUGAAGGAGACAGAUUUGAGCGAUAAAAGAGCAGGUAAAUGUGAUCAAAAUGAUUUUUUAAGAUUAUUAUAUGCUUUCCACCAAGUUGGUAUUCAUUUUUCAUGA